CUUCCCCCUUCUCCUUCUACUGAAAAUCAUUUGCAGCAGUGGAUCUCUGCAUUCAUCAACCUCUCUCCUAAUUCUCAAGCUCAAGGAGCUUCAGUUCUUGAGGGCAUAGCUAGCAGCUCUAAAAAUGUCACAAGUAGACCAAAUACCACUUCCAUUUCUAGAACUCUCUUUGACAGCUCUAAGGAGAUCGCUACUUCUAGUGGGCUUGAUUCUACUUAUAAUUUUGGCAUUCAUCAUUUCAUCCAGGAUCUCACCAACACUGGUGAAUAUUGUCCGCUGAAUCUGUUCUCUAACAGGAAUACAGAGCACCUCCAUCGUGAAGGACACUCUCUCAAAUGUACCAAAGUCCAUGUCAACAGAGUCUCUCAUCACCUCUUAGAUUUAUCACAGUUUAAGAGUGAACACAAUCUUGACCCUCUUACUUGGCAGGAGGCCUUCCAGUGUUAUCUCUCAUGGAUCACUGAUGUUGGAGACACACCAUCCAUCAAACAAUGGACAAUGCACUUUACUACUCUUGCCAAGGACAAAGCCAUUCAUAAGAAUUUUUGUGCCAUACUGGAAUUCAAUAUCAAGACCAGACAAAAU